AUGUCAAAGAGAGGACGCGGAGGAGCAUCCGGAGCCAAGUUCAGAAUCUCCUUGGGUCUCCCGGUUGGAGCUGUCAUCAAUUGUGCUGACAACACUGGAGCCAAAAAUUUGUUCGUCAUUGCCGUCUAUGGUAUCCGAGGUCGUCUUAACCGACUCCCAAGUGCUGGUGUCGGAGAUAUGUUCGUAGCAUCCUGCAAGAAGGGAAAGCCUGAGCUCAGAAAGAAGGGUAAGUAUUUGAUCAUUUUUUCCUUCCAAAGCUUAGGUUAAAUACAUAUUUCUAAGAAGUUAAGCAUGGAUUUGAAAGAUUUUCGCACGUUUCAUCAAAAACUGCGCGUUUUGAUAUUCAUAAAGCUUAUUCGACAUUUUUUCAGUCCUCCAAGCCGUCGUUAUUCGACAAAGAAAGAUCUUCAGAAGGAAAGAUGGUACCUUCAUCUACUUCGAAGACAACGCUGGAGUUAUCGUUAACAAUAAGGGUGAGAUGAAGGGCAGUGCUAUCACCGGACCCGUUGCCAAGGAAUGCGCUGAUAUUUGGCCCCGUAUUGCCGCCAAUGCAAGCUCCAUCGCUUAA